UUCACUUCUCUCUCCAUCGUGGGUGGGGAAACUGGGGGAAACUGAGUACAGAGGUUGGUUUACUCCAACCAUCGCCAACCCACCAACAUUCUCUCUCUUUCUCUCUCUCUCUAUACCCUCGGAAAUGUCGAAUUACACGGUCGAGUCUUGCAAGGUCGAGUCCGCCGACCGGGUCGUCCUCCACACGCGGCUGUUCAAGCCGAGGGAGGACGCCGGGAGGGCCGACGACGGCGGCGGCGGCCUGGGGGUCGUCCUGGUGCAUCCCUACACGGUGCUCGGCGGGUGCCAGGCCCUGCUGAGGGGCAUCGCCUCCGAGCUCGCCGGGAGGGGCCUGCCGGCGGUGACGUUCGACAUGCGCGGGGCCGGGAAGUCCACCGGGCGGCCCUCGCUCACCGGGUUCGCCGAGGUCAAGGACGUGAUCGCCGUCUGCAAGUGGGCCUGCGACAACCUCUCGCUCCGCAGGAUCCUGCUCGUGGGUUCUUCUGCUGGGGCGCCAAUUGCUGGCUCAGCUGUGGAUCAGAUAGAACAAGUCGUGGGUUAUGUUAGCAUAGGCUAUCCUUUUGGAAUGAUUUCUUCAAUUCUCUUUGGGCGGCACCAUAAAUCUAUCUUGCAAUCCCCAAAACCGAAGUUCUUCAUCAUGGGAACUCGCGAUGGCUUUACGAGUGUGAAGCAGUUAGAGAACAAGCUGAGCGGAGCAGCAGGUCGAGUAGAAAAGCAUCUGAUUGAAGGAGCAGGGCACUUUCAAAUGGAAGGCCCUGCUUUUGAUGCGCAGAUGGUGAGUAUUAUUCUUGAGUUCAUUGCGUCUUUGUAAUAUUAUUGGCUUGUUACUAUGCAACAGCUGUUUAUAAGGAGUAGAGGCUUGAGUGCAUGCCUUCAGUUCUGGGGCCUUGUGCCCGUAUGCUCGCUUGCCUUCUUGGUGGAUGAUGUUGAAUCCUAGUAUUGGCAAUUUGGCAGUAGGAACUGUACCUAAGGUUCCAUUUUCUAA